UAAUAUUUCAAACGUUCAGCGCCGCCAGGAAUAUGCUCAGGAAUACAACCGUUGUCGUUACUCAUUAGAAGUGAAAGGAGUGCUUCCCGGAGCCGAAAGUAACCUGGACCCCCCCAAAACUUUUUUUUUGUCUUUUUUUUUUUUUUUUUAACUUUCUAAGCAGCGUGGAUAUGGCUUGGAUCAGAUGGGGCCUCUUGUUUUCGUUCGGUUUGCUUGUCUCUCCGGUAUGUGUGGCAGCGGAGCAGCAGAGCCACAGCGGCUUCAGGAGACUGUACGUGCUGCAGCCGGGGCCCGGGCCCGGAUCGGGGCCGGGGGCUGGGCCGGGGGCGGCCGGAGCCAACGGUGGGGUGCGAGUCAGCUCCAUCUCGACGCGUCACGGCGCUGCAGGGCAGCCGCACACGUACAACGUGGAGCUCACCGCCAGCUUCGGCGGUCAAGUCCGGACUCGCAGGAUGGGGAACCAGGUGGCUUCAGCCCCGCAGCAGAGCCCGCAGCAGCUCCUCAAGCUGUCUGGGGUGAAUGUCUGUGGAGGCCAGUGCUGUCAUGGAUGGACUAAAGCUCAGGGCUCGCAGCGGUGCACACAGCCCAACUGCAUCCCUCAAUGCCAGAAUGGAGGAAUGUGCCUCAGGCCUCAGCUCUGCGUCUGCAAGCCUGGCUCAAAGGGGAAGGCAUGCGAGCAGAAGACGAUGCCCACACACCCCUUCCCAGCCCUGCCUGGGAACGGGCACACCACUGCUAACUCCAACGGACACUCUAAUGGACACAACGUGGUGCCCCAGCGGCCCAUACCUCAGCACGUUUCUCCCAGUGGUUAUCCCUCUGGGCCCGCUCCAUCUGACAGCAUGGCCCAGAGGAAACUAGGUGUCAGGCCGGCCCCCCAGUUUGUACGUCCACAUUACAUCCAACAGCACAUCCAACAGCAGAUCCGGCCCAUGCACCCAGGUCAGAGCCAGCAGUAUGUUAUAAAGCCCAAAUACUACCAAACACACACCACACACACACAGACGCACGUCCAGUCCCAACCUGAGAGGCCCAUCCCCCUGACAGUGGCACACAACCCCAUCCAUGUAGGCAACCAUACAGGACGGAUCAAGGUGGUGUUCACUCCAACCAUCUGCAAGGUAACCUGCACGGGGGGGCGAUGUCACAACAACUGUGAGCUGGGAAACACCACCACCAUCAUCAGUGAGAACGGCCGUGCUACCGACACCCUGACAGCCCCCAACUUCAGAGUAGUGGUGUGUCACCUCCCGUGUAUGAAUGGCGGGAAGUGCAGCACCAGGGACAAGUGUCAGUGCCCCCCCGAUUUUACUGGAAAGUUCUGCCAGAUGGCUGUUGAGAACGGCCAGCAGCAGCCAUCAGGCGGCUACAGCCAGACUCAAGUCCACUCCACACACACCCUGCCUCUAACCUACAGCAACGGCCACAAUCCCGUGUUCAGCCCCAGCAUUGUCAACAUCCACAUUAAGCAUCCCCCUGAAGCCUCGGUCCAGUCCACCAGGUUUCCCAGCUGGACAACUACCACAACAUCGGGCACCAGCUCAAAGCUUCCCAGGCAGGCUCCUCUUCCUCUACCAGCUACACAUACCAGCACUCAGAGAGCCCAGAAGAUCCAGCAGCACGGCUACAACAUGCUUUACCACCCAGCCAGCAUGGCUACCGCCAGUCAGCUCCAAGAACAACCCUGGGCCGCUGCUUCCAGGAAACAGCAGGGAGUCAGUGUGGAAAAGCGCUGCCAGGUCUCACUAAGCAGGAGCAGUGCUGUGGACCAUCGGGACGUCCUGGGGUUUCCACAAAUGCCAGAAGUGUCCAAGAAACAAUGUUAUUAUCACUGGGAUGCCGAGUUAGAGUUCAGUAGGGUGACAGCUGCAGGAAAGAAGCUUCCUCUGAACCUGCUGGUGCGGGUGCAGAGAGACCUGAGCCGCCUCCCGGACUUGUCUGCUGAUGUGUCCCUUGUGCCUCCAGUGUUCAGCCCCAGCAUUGUCAACAUCCACAUUAAGCAUCCCCCUGAAGCCUCGGUCCAGGUCCACCAGGUGUCCCAGCUGGACAACUACCACAACAUCGGGCACCAGCUCAAAGCUUCCCAGGCAGGCUCCUCUUCCUCUACCAGCUACACAUACCAGCACUCAGAGAGCAGCCAGAAGAUCCAGCAGCACGGCUACAACAUGCUUUACCCCAGCCAGCAUGGCUACCAGCCAGUCAGCUCCAAGAACACCCUGGGCCGCUGCUUCCAGGAAACAGCAGGGAGUCAGUGUGGAAAAGCGCUGCCAGGUCUCACUAAGCAGGAGCAGUGCUGUGGGACCAUCGGGACGUCCUGGGGUUUCCACAAAUGCCAGAAGUGUCCAAAGAAACAAUCUAUCCCUCUGAUAGAUUGUCCUCAGGGUUACAAGAGAAUCAACAGCUCUCAUUGCCAAGAUUUCGAUGAGUGCCAGCUGCAGGGGGCGUGUCCUAAUGGGAACUGUCUGAACACUGUGGGCAGCUAUAGGUGCAUGUGUAAACCCGGCUUUGUUCCUGACCCCACACUCACCACUUGCAUAUCCAACACGCCUGCCAUCCAAGAGGAGAAGGGGGCUUGCUUCCGUUUGGUGAGCUCAGGGAGGCAGUGUUUGCACCCAGUGUCUACCCAACUGAGCAAACAGCUCUGCUGCUGCAGUGUUGGCAAGGCCUGGGGCCCUCGCUGUGACAAAUGCCCUCCUCAAGGAACAGCUAAGUUCAAAGACAUCUGUCCUGGUGGAAUGGGCUACACUGUUCUACCAAAUCCGCCUGUCAAUAAGCCAGUCACCGUUCACCAGGCACCCAUGGAGCCUCUACCCCUCCAACCCCUGCCAACACCAGAGAGACCAGUGGAAGCUUUUGGGAAACCAGAAGAGAGUAUACCAGUAGCAACAGCUGCACCAGAUGAGGAGCUGGUAGUUCCUGUGGUUAGUGAUAGGCCAGUAAUUGAACCCAUCCUGCCCCAGCUAUCUCCGGGUGUAUCUACUGUCAAGAUCGAGGCAGCCUACCCAGAGGUUGUUGAGAGGAGCUCUCCACCCGAACCAGUGGAGAUCCUGCCAUCUAAUGCAGGCCAGGACAUCGCCCCCACCCAGUCAGCUGAGGUGGAUGAGUGCCAGAUCAACCCUUAUAUUUGUGGCCAGGGGAUUUGUUACAACACAGCAGAGGGUUACACCUGCCACUGUGAUGAUGGAUACCACCUGGAUGACACCCAGUCCACCUGUGAAGAUGUAGAUGAGUGUUUGGAAAGCCCAUCUUUGUGCUAUGGCGGUCGCUGCAAGAACACAGAGGGCAGUUUUCUGUGUGUGUGCGCGCAGGGAUUCCUCCUGGAUAAAGAAGGAACCACUUGUGUUGAUGUUGAUGAGUGCCAGGAUGAGCAGAUCUGUACCCGGGGCCACUGCCAGAACACUGACGGCUCCUUUCUGUGUCAGUGUGGCCCCGGCUUCACCCUGUCCCCGGCUGGAGACCGCUGUGAUGAUGUGGAUGAGUGUGUAGAAGAGCCCAAGCCCUGUGAGGCCGUAGGCCAGUGUGUCAACAACAUGGGCUCAUACAGCUGCAACUGCCCCCGGGGGUACCGGCAAAUCAACGGCACCCGCUGCACAGAUAUUGAUGAGUGUGGGCUCAAUGAGACGCUGUGUGGCCCUCAUGGCUACUGUGAGAACAGACUGGGCUCCUUCCAAUGCCUCUGUGACCAGGGCUACCACGAGUCCCUGGAUGGCCAAGCCUGUGUGGAUGUGAACGAGUGUGAGCUGCUGAGCAGUGUGUGUGGAGAGGCCCAGUGUGUGAACGCUGAUGGUUCCUUCCUCUGCGUGUGUCCCAGCGGCCAGGACUAUAACGUCAUGAUCGCCAAGUGUGAACCCAUUCCCACAGUGUCAUCAGUGGAGCAUAAGGAGUGCUACUACCGUCUGAACGAUGAAAACCUGUGUGAGAGUGUGCUGACCAGCCAUGUCACCCUGCAAGAGUGCUGCUGCACUCUGGGAGCUGGCUGGGGGGACAACUGUGAGGUGUACCCCUGUCCUGUCAAUGGCACAGACCAGUUUGAUCAGAUGUGUCCGUCUGGAAGAGGAUUUAUUCCUAAUGGAGACAUCCUGUAUGGUGUGGCCACAGCUGACAGCUACAAAGAUGCAGAUGAGUGUGCUCUGUUUGGCCAGGAGGUUUGUAAAGGAGGCUUCUGUCUGGACACUGUGGGCAGCUACGAGUGUUACUGUAAGACGGGACAAGACUACGACGCUGCCAAUCUGCAGUGCACAGACAUGGAUGAGUGUCUGGAUGAGUCUCUGUGUGCUGGUGGACAGUGUAUGAACACAGUUGGCUCGUACAUGUGUUUCUGUACCCAGCCUAUGGUGCUGGAUCCCAGCAGUAACCGCUGUGUCUUCAUUCCUGAGGGGGCUGAGCAACAUGAGGCGGAGCAGACGGUCUACCAAGGGAUCUGCUGGCAGACGGUGACACAGAGCAUGACAUGCAUGCGGCCGUUGGGUCCCGACAGGAAGACCACUUACACAGAGUGUUGCUGUCUGUACGGCGAGGCAUGGGGCAUGGACUGUGCCCUGUGCCCCUUUAGGAACACUGAGGAUUAUGCGUCCAUGUGUAACCUUGGCGGGCGGCGGCCAUACGGUCAUGACGCCCUUGUUGCUGGCCCCAACCAUGAAUAUGAAGUGAGCCCAGACUAUUCCCCAUUACCUGAUCCUGUCCUGCCUUUUUACGACAAUGAAGAGUCUCCAUUCAAGGCCUUUGAGGGUUUGCGAGCAGAGGAGUGUGGUAUACUGAAUGGCUGUGAGAACGGUCGGUGCGUCCGGGUUGAGGAGGGUUACACCUGCGACUGCUUUGAUGGAUACACCCUGGACCUGUCCCGCAUGGCCUGCAUUGAUGUGAACGAGUGCUCAGAGCUAAACACCCGGAUGUCGUUGUGUAAAAAUGCUAAGUGCAUCAACACAGUGGGCUCCUAUCAGUGUGUGUGUCUGCCAGGCUUUGUUGCCUCUGACAAACCCAACUACUGUGUGGCCCCAGCAACACAUGAAACAGCAACACACACAGGGAGCAUGGACAGACACUAGGGGGCAACAAGAGACACUAUAACCACACGCACAAGCUUGUAUCACUAUACUUGUGAGGACGUCCACUG